AUGACAAAGGUUCAUGAAGAUGAGGUUCAAACUUUUGACAACUUAAUCCAGCCAGUGGUGGAAAGUCUGAAAUUUCUCACGAAUCUGGAAUUUGACAUUUUGACAUAUUGCAUUAUUGAACAACUUGCCAGUCCUGAUAAGCAGCAAUUGAAAGCGUCUGAUGGUAAACUAAGCCCAUGGCUGCAGGCCCUAGCAACAUUGGUUGGUGCGGUCUACAAGAAGUACAACGUUGAACUGGCUGGGAUGCUAAAUUAUGUUAUGAAUCAGUUGAAGAACGAAAAGAGCUUCGAUCUUCUUGUUCUUCGUGAAGUAAUCCAGAAUAUGGCGUGCAUCGAGGGCGUGGCUGGCGCUACAGCUGAUCAAUUGGAAGCGCUGGGAGGUGGCGAACUAUUGAGGCAGGAGGCAGGGAGUUUUACAAACGCACGGAACAAGCGUGCAUCUGCUCGCUUGCGGGACGCUGUGCUAACGGGUGACAUUGCUGUCGGUCUGUGCAUUCUGAUUGCUCAGCAGCGGGAGUGUGUUGUAUAUCACGAAAGUUCUCGCUUACCGUUGAAGUUGGUUGGAGAGAUGGUGGAUCAAUGCCGUGACACGUUGUUACAACUUGGCACUUUUCUUUGGUCCAAUGUUCGAACGGAUGAUUAUGCUCAACGGAUCCCACCUGCUGCCUCUCUCAUCCAGGAUUACCAUCUUCGGAUCAAUAGUUUAUAUGAAACAGCUAAACGAUCAAUGAAGUCGGAUAGUGAUAUCAAAAAGAUGGAUACCCAGCAGAAGUUUAUUUUCUUCAAGUCCGCGUUCGAUGAUGUGAUCUCGAAGUUGGUAAAUGAACUCGAACCAUGUAUACCACCGCACGUCUGUAGAGAUAUUCCCAUAAGGUUAUUUGUUGUGUUUUGGAUGCUUUCUUCGUACGAUAUUGAAGUACCAACAGCAGCUUAUGAGAGGGCCAUAGAAAACAUUCGGCGACAGAUGAAGGAGGCUGCGGAUUCACCUGUGAUGUUUAUUUUCUUCAAGUCCGCGUUCGAUGAUGUGAUCUCGAAGUUGGUAAAUGAACUCGAACCAUGUAUACCACCGCACGUCUGUAGAGAUAUUCCCAUAAGGUUAUUUGUUGUGUUUUGGAUGCUUUCUUCGUACGAUAUUGAAGUACCAACAGCAGCUUAUGAGAGGGCCAUAGAAAACAUUCGGCGACAGAUGAAGGAGGCUGCGGAUUCACCUGUGAUGAGUAAAUCGAAAAGACUGAAAGAAGAUGAGAGGUUGCGUGGUUUGGAGAGUAAACUGAGAGAUGAGGAAAAACGGCAGACGGAGCACGUUGCAAGAAUACGAGCCUGGAUCAACAGCGUCAAGGACGAUCUUUUCGAAGCCGGACGUGAGCUUUUCGUCAGCUUGUAA